CUGUGCUAUUCUCGUGUGACUCUUGGCAUGUUUAUCAAUUAGUCUCCACCAAGUUUACAUGCAUAUAUGACUAUAUAAAUAUAUGUAUUUUUUUUCAAACAUAGCCCAGAAAAAUAACAUCUCAAGGUACUGACCCCCUCUAAGUUCCUACUAACACAAGAUAUAUUUCAGGGCAAAGAAAGCAAUACAGAAAUGGAAAAAGAGAAUUCAGAGCUGUACCUGCGUAACUGUCAGAUUAUUCGUGAGAAUGAGAGGCUGAGGAAGAAAGCUCAACGUCUGAACCAGGAGAAUCAAGCUUUGUUGUCAGAGCUGAAACGGAAGUUAGCAGCUAAAAAUGCCAAGCGGAAACCUGAAUUUGAAGUUGAUAUGGGUUCAAGUUCUGUCAGUGAUCAAAUAGAAGCAAACAAACGUCAGGCACUGGAAUGAAAGUGAAUGUUGUACCAAAUCACUUCUUCUUUCAGGUGCUUUAUGCAGUUCAAAAUUAUGAGAAAUUUCAAAUUGGGUUUUACCAAUGUCAUAGCAAUUACCAGGCAAUCUGCCAUUUGAAACUAUUUAUUGUUGCAUUUACUCCAAAAUAUUGUACUAGUUUAGUAAUCAAAUCGAAGUGCUUAGCUAAAAGGUCUACUACCAAUUGUACUCCCAAGAGAAAAAAACAAGGAAAAAAAUUAUGCUAUUAAGGGGUUGUGAACUAAAAGGCUAAGUUUUUCACUUCAUCAAUUAUCAAUCCACAUUCAACUUCCUGUCUA